UUUCCCCGGCCAAUUGAGCCUCCUGGUAACAUUGGCAAGCCAUUUGAUCUUGUCUGGACCUACUGUAACCGGAAAGGAAAAUUACAUACGGUCUGGCUGUCUGAUUGUCGACUGCAUAUUUACCCCCUUCAAAUUCUUUCCCUUCUUUUGCCACUUUCACAUCACUGCCGAGGAGAGAGUUGUUUUCUUGACAAUUAAUUUUUUUUUUUUCAUUUAUUCGGGGCUUUGGUUCAUAUUUAUAUACCACCCCUAUUCGAUCCCGGUCAUCCUUCAUCCCCAGGAAUCACUUCAUCCCGCACUAAAGAUUAAUUGAUACAUAUAUAUCGACAACACAACUGCACAAGCUAGACAAUAUUACAACGCAUCACGAAGACGAAUUGGGCAUCAAUAAAAGCAAUUGCACCCUGACAAGCAUCAAGCAAGACAAGACCUUAUGCCUUACUCAUUUUCGUCCUGAGCAAGACUCUGUGCGUGUUUUGCGUGCGUUUGUUUGCCCUAAUACCUAUAACCCCCACCGUCUAAAAGCUCCAUCACGCCUCAUAUUCGCCCUGUCGAGCCGGGGAAUUGAUUCCUAUUGGGUAGUCAAUGCAAAGGAGAGAGAGGCCAUUCUAGAUCAGAUCGAUAUGUAUUACAUUCUUUACCUUGCGAGUCUCUGCAAACGCAGACACUGGUCAGAACCACAUUACGACUCCUUCCAAAGCUCCACGGGGUACACGUGCGUAGUCCGAGUGAACAAUCGCGAAUACAAAACGGACUCAAUCUGCGAAUCCGAAGUCAUGGCCCGUGAAAACGCUGCAAUGCGCGCAUAUCUGAUUUGUCGGAAUUUCUCCGUGAAUGACGGCAUGUAUCCGGCUGGCCAUGAUCACGGUGGAGUUUUACAAGGGGUUCCCGUUGCCAUUGGGACUGGGCGCGGAAGUAGUAGUCAUCGGGUCUCUGCGCGAUAUGGUCAUGAUGAGAGUGAUUCCACUUCGGUCAGUGGUGGGAGUAGUCCUGAGAGUCAUGAUGGUGCGAGAUUGAUGAGUCGCGAUCACCAUGAUCGUCGUCAGGGGAUUGCUCCUCGAGCUCUAGCCUAUCGAUACUAACAUGACACCUCAAGCGAAUGGAAAUGGAAAAUGGAAACGAAAAGUGAAAGAUCACGACAAAGAUAAACUGACGCCUCACUGGCAUGAUUGACGACCUAAUGACCUCGAUGAUGAUGAUUUGUUAAGCACUUCUUCGCUUGUUUCUGUUAGACUUGAUGAUGAAUCGAUGGAUGAUAUGACGAAAGGGAGUCUGAUAGCGUUUGCUCUGCAUUACUAUGCUCAGAUGAUGUUCGACAUGAUUGACGAUAAUGACUUGAUGAAUCUUUUAUAGAGUGUAUGCUCGGGAAUUGACUCUCUUUGAUAGAUUAUAUAGUUCGGCCAAUCAGAGAUGUUUGCACUGUUUGU